CUCAGAGCCUUGUGACACCUGCAGGGCAGGUAAUGAAUGGGAUGAAGCCUGGCGAUGUGGGCAAGGGUCCACAGAGUUUCACAGAUCAUAUUCCAUCUGUGGCUGCCCUUUGAGAGAAACGGGAAGAGCUACCCAAAGGCCUCACCCUCAUACCUGCCCUCCUCUACGCCACCACACCCAAAGACCCCGCUGCUCUCCACCCCGCAUCGUCCCAGAUAAACUAACACACGGGGCCAAGCAGGUGGCGGAGUCUAGCCCCGCGCUCACGGUUCCGUCCCCUCCCCUCGCCUCUCCGCUACUCCCAAAACACUUCCUCUCCCUCUUCCGGAAGCUCGGAGGCCCCACCCACUACCGCAACGCCUGGCCUUAGCCAAUGGCCUGCUUCCCAAGGAACGUUACCUCUGACCUCGGGGCUCAUCAGACAGUGGGACAAACUCCUCGCGAGAGGUGAGGUUGAAGCUGCCUCCGCCAUCUUGGAGAUGGGAGACGGGCGAUGGCUGUGGUCCUUCUGCUAAUGCAAACAACAAAACGGGCACAGUAGUCAAUGCGGGGGAGCUUAUCAUCACAGAAACUGUUGACCAAAGCUACAGAAGGAGUGAGGGUGUCAAAGCGCAGCGCAGCGGCAUCGAUAGCCGCUUCUCCUGCUUGCGGGAGCGGCAGAAGUGAAGUGAGUGGAGGCCGGAAGGAUGGUGCAGUCCUGUUCCGCCUACGGCUGCAAGAACCGGUACGAUAAGGAUAAGCCCGUUUCUUUCCACAACCUUGGCGUGCCUGGGAGGCCAGCUUCACAGCAGCUCAGGCUUUCGGGGAGGACGUGUGCACUCAGUGCCUAGGGGCCCACCUCGGGGCACCUCUGGCUGUUGGAGGGAGCCUCUGGGACGGCCAGGACCUCAGUUGGCGCGCAGCGAUGGGGUCCCAGGUCCGCACAGCUGGCUCGCCCCCGAGGAAGCCCACAGGUCCCGGGGCCGUGAUGGCUUUGGCGGCUAGAGAGGCCUGUGGGAGAAACGACCUCGUGAUCAUCGGAUGUCUGCAAAGUGGGACUCGAUGGCAUUUUCAUUCCGCCAAAUAAAGUGUUUACAGACUUUACGUUAUUAUAAAUAUGAUUAUUUACAUUAUUAUUACCAAACCGAUGGCAAAUUAUAGCAAUUAUACGUUCCCUCUUACUCGACCCAGUCUUUGCAAAAAAUGGGAGGCAGCUGUCCGAAGGAAAAACUUUAAACCCACCAAAUAUAGCAGUAUUUGUUCGGAGCACUUUACUCCGGACUGCUUUAAGAGGGAGUGCAACAACAAGUUGCUGAAAGAGAAUGCUGUACCCACAAUAUUUCUCUGUACUGAGCCACAUGACAAGAAGGAAGAUCUUCUGGAGCCACAAGAACAGCUUCCCCCACCUCCUUUAACACCUCCCAUUUCCCAGGUUGAUGCUGCUAUUGGAUUACUAAUGCCUCCUCUUCAGACCCCUGAUAAUCUCUCAGUUUUCUGUGACCACAACUAUACUGUGGAGGAUACAAUGCACCAGAGAAAAAGGAUUCAUCAGCUAGAACAACAAGUUGAAAAACUCCGAAAGAAGCUCAAGACUGCACAGCAGAGAUGCAGAAGACAAGAACGACAGCUUGAAAAAUUAAAGGAGGUUGUUCACUUCCAGAAAGAGAAGGACGACAUAUCAGAAAGAGGUUAUGUGAUUUUGCCGAAUGACUAUUUUGAAAUAGUUGAAGUGCCAGCAUAAAAAAAAAAAGAUAUUUGUAUUGGCUUUUAAUGGGGCAACACCACACAUCCUCUUCUAGCCUAUAAAGGAGUUUCAUUUGAAAAAAUAACACUUGAUUACUUGUAUAAAAACAAUUCAGAAUAUUUUUUUAAAUAAAUUAGAUAUAUACUGUAAAAUUGUAAAAUUUUUGUUUCUAAUUUCAGGGUUUUUACAUUUUAACAAAAUAUCUUAAAAGUUAAAGACUAACCUCAGAACUCCAAUAUAAGUUGGUUUCAAAUUGAGGAGUUUUGUUUUUUGGGUAUUUAUAGAAAUGUAAAAAUGAGAAAUAAAGUGAAUGUGAACAGUAUAACAAGGACAAUUUAAGUUUAAAAUUUAAAAUUAAUGCAGGUUAUUAAAGGAAUUUAGUUACAUUGUAAGUCAGAAGUAUAGGUCAGAUCACGAGAUGUAACUUCUCAGAAAAUAUAUAUAUUCUUAUUCACAUAUUCUUAUUUGUAAAGUCAGAAGAUUUAUCUUUCUUAAUCACUUAUCAAAAAUAAGUUGACAAGUCAAAACUUCAAAAAAUAAAUUGGUUAUCUUCAGAGCAGAAAAUGAAGAGUCAUUCUAUACCUAGUCAAUGUAGGUAAAUAAGGAUGAAUCAUUCUUUAAAAGUGGGUCUGCCUUUUUUCCCCACUAACAUUAUUAAACCAGAAGUGUAUUUCCAGUGGAAGAGACAUUCUUCAAUAAAGUAGGCAUUGUUAUUAAACAAGUAAUAAAAAUGGGGGCCUGAUCCAUAGUAUGCCUUUUUCUUUCAUUACCCCCAAGCUUAAGGAGCAUCUAGUUCCCAACUGUUGUUAUAUCUGUAUACAAAUCUCUAACAAAUGUGUUGUGUCAGUAGAGUUUGAUUUCUACUGUAAUAUGACCAAUUGAUUUUGGUCACAUCUUCACAUAAAAAAGGAUUUCUUCACUUUUAACACAAGUUAGAAAUUAUAUCCCAUUUAUUUAACCGAGUGAUUUGUAUUCCAAAGCAACCUAAUAUGUAGUGUUUGUUAUUGAACGUUGAGAUUUAAACACUGAAGUUUCUGUUCAAACUAUGAGUUGUGUUCUGACGUGAGAAGUUUUAGUUAUAUAUUUGAAAUGAAAAUAUGUUCUGAGUAAACAAAUACUGCCUUAGGAAUUAUCUACUUAGAUUUAGAAUAAUUAUUCCUAUUAUAAUUAUUUUACAUUUCAGAAUACACUGAGGUAGUUGAAGAACAGGUCUUCUAAGGCAGUAUUAAAAAUAUGAAACAAUGACAUUCAAAAGUGUCUUUUGUACAUGUGGUUUUCAGUGUAAUUUACUGCUAUGCUGCCAGUGGAUGAUACCUUGAUUUUUUAUGAACCAGUAUUUCAAAAAUAGAAAAUUAUAAUGAGAAGAUUACUUGAAGUUAUGUGGUCUAAUGCAUACAGAACUAACUCUAAUGAAUCAGAGGAUGUUUUCUAGUUAUUCAUGGAUCUCAUCACUGUUUUGGAAACCCAUGAAGUAGUGUGUGUAUGUGUCCCCAAAACUAAGAAUCCAACAUUGAAUUGUGAAAGUGGCAAUCCCAAUUACUUAGCAUCGUAACAUUAUGAUUUAACCUGGAGUUUCUUUUCCUAACAAACAUAAAUCCCUAUUUGGAAAGAACUGAGCAAGCAGCAUGUAUACCAGCUGUUUGCAUUUAAAUAAAUUGUCAUAGUUUAACAUAGGGAGUUUGAGGUACAGGUGGUUAUUUCUGAAUAUGAGCUGUAACAUUUGGUGAAUGUUUUAAAAUUUUAUUUUGUCUACUGUAUUGUUUAUUUCAUUGCCACAUAAAGGAAAUAGGUUCUGUUCAAGCAUGUUGAAAUUCAGUCUGGAACAAAUGUGAUGGGGAGAUUUAUGUGAACUGCAGCAUAUUCUGAAAGAUUACAUUUAUUUUAAGCACAUACAGUAACAUACUAAAAUUUCCAUCUAUGUGUGAUGAUGUAAUCUGGCAAUACUGAUAAGUAACUUUCUUAAUAGAACUGUUAGGAAAGCAUAUAAAAUCAUAGAAUUUUAGAACUAGAAGGGACUUACAAAUGAUUGAACACUAGCAUAACUUCCAAACCCUGCAGAAAUAUGUUUGUAAAAUAUCCAUAACAAGUCGUUUACCGUUUACAUUUAAGCAGUUAUUCUUCUGAGAUUCUUUAAAAUGGGUUUCUGGUUUAGGAUAGAAUUAGUUGCCAUUCUUUUUAUACUUGGUUAUAGUGGAAAUAUAAUCUUCACUUUGGACUGCUUCAUAGUUUGAACCAUCAAAUUCCGAGUUAAAGACGUUUUAAAAUUUUGUAAAAUAAUUUAAAUGUUUAGUAAUUGUAUACCUGUUAUGUGAACUAAAAAUAAUUCUGUUAUUGCAGUAAACAGUGUAAAAUUAUUAGCAAAACUUUUUACUUGGAAGUCCAAGCACAUGAAAUCUUUCUUUUCUAACUAUAAUUUGUGUAAUCCCUUUCUUAGAAGUGUGACAGUAAUGAUGAAGGCAAAUGAAAGUUUCACUUGAUAUGGAUUUUUUUUGGUUCAAUUAAUAUUCUCUGAUCAUCUUUAGUUAUUAAAAAAAUAUACAUACAUAUCCAACACUUAUGGCUUUUAUAAAGUCAGUAGUAAGCAACAUAAAAUAAUAAAAGUGCAUAUGAUCUGUAAAAUGAAAACUCCUGUUUAAUGUUCCAGAAUUUUUUAAAGGCAGCCAUCCAUAAAUAGCAUUUAAAGGAAAAAAGAGCAGAUUUACAAAUCUGCUUGAUUAUUACUCUUCCUGAUAUUGGCAACCAUGUGAAUCAGAUGACCAGUGAGUAAACAGCAUUGCUUUUAUGAUGGUAACUGGUGUUUCUGAGCAUUAUGAUUUUAUAUAUUGUAUACUAAAAUACAAUCCUUGAUGUGAAAAAAAAUAUUAAAGGCAAACAGUGUUUUACAAACAAGCAAAAAAGCAGUUAUAAUUAUUGUACUUAAAAUAAUGGAAAAGUUUGCUCUUAAAAUUUCAUGUCUUGAUAUCUUUUUUACCUUGGAUGUUGUUUUAUUCUAUUGAGAAUUUUUUCUGAAUGAUAAAAUAUUUUUUAAACUCAAAUCUAUUAAGAAUUUAUAUUCUUUUCUAAAUUCAUAGUAUUUGGGGUUUUGAGAUGAUCAAAUUCUCAUUUUUAAAAUAUCCUAAGGGAUAUGAAUAAAUGUCCUUUCUUUUAAACUAUUUUUGGUGAGACAAACUAUAUGAUAGUAACAAUAGACAAAUGGCUUCUGGAAUGGCUGCAUGUUCACCCUAAUUACCAUGAUUGGUUAAAAAAAAAUUUUUUUUAAA